GUCACCUUGUGAUGUGUGUUCACUCCGCCUCUUCCCAGCUGAUGCUCGCUCCCUUUCUAUUCUGAGGAAGACUUGAGCAAGGGGGAAAAGAAAAGCAGAGGGGUCUGCGGGGGUAGCGCAGUUAAAACAUCCAUGGGUGGUUGUGUGGGUAGUCACCAUGAUUCUUCAGGCAGUUUAAACGAAAAUUCUGACGGAACUGGAGUGGCUCUGGGGCGUAACCAGGCCUUGAAGAGAGAGAAGCCCAAAUGGAAGAGUGACUAUCCCAUGACAGACGGCCAGCUGCGCAGUAAGAGGGAUGAGUUCUGGGACACGGCGCCCGCCUUCGAGGGACGCAAGGAGAUCUGGGACGCGCUCAAGGCCGCCGCCCAAGCCUUUGAGAGCAACGACCAUGAAUUGGCCCAGGCCAUCAUCGACGGGGCCAGCAUAACACUGCCACACGGCGCGCUGACAGAGUGCUAUGAUGAGCUGGGGAAUCGCUACCAGCUGCCAGUCUACUGCCUGUCCCCACCCGUCAACAUGAUCGAGGAGAAGAGUGACCUUGAGAGCCUUGAGGUCAGCGAGCCCCCCCCCAGCGAGGGUCAGGAGUGCCAGCUACGCCUCCGUCUGUCCACGGGCCGGGACCUGCGCCUGGCGGUGAGGACCACGGACACGGUGCAGCACAUGAAGCGGCAGCUGCAGGCGGUGGAGGGCGUGUCGGCGGCCACCCAGCGCUGGUUCUUCUCAGGCCGGCCGCUCACAGACAAGAUGAAGCUGGAGGAGCUGAAGAUCUCCAGAGACUACGUGGUGCAGGUGAUCAUCAGCCAGCCGCCCGUGCCCCUGCCCACCCAGACACCGCCCGCCCCCACACCAACCACACCCGCGUCCAUGCCCGCCACACUGCCCCAGGACCCCACGCCCGUAGAGGACUAGUGCAUGGCACCCGGAGAGGGCACGCAUGCAGGAAAAGAGAGACCACCAAGGGAGGACCAGCUUUUGACAAAUGGAGAUUUGGGGACGGUUGUGAGGCAGUCACUUGUCUGAGCAGAUGAAGGAGCAGGUCUGGAGAACCGAGCCGAGCCAAGCCAAGCCAAGCUAGGUGGUCAUGUAAAGUGUUUGUUUAGAGUUGUGUGAGGGUUUGUAAAGCUGUGUGCCCUCCCUCUCUCUUCUCCUCUCUCCUCCACGAGACGGGGAGGUGUUUCUGCAAGGCAUGCUGGGAUAGCAGCAGGGGUGUGUCUGUGUCUCAGCCAGAGCAGGAGGACUCCGCCUCCGCGACUGAAGACAACCAACCAGGAGCAGGAAGAGACUCCACCACAGGACAGGACCACCUGCUAACCUGGCUUUUAAAAAAAUCUACCUUUUACAAAAACUCUUUUAAAAAAACUUGUCUUGUUUUUAGUGGAAACUGAACAACCAAAAAAUAAGAUCUGAGGAAACUUUAGGAAUAUACAGUAACAGCCCAUGUUGUUACAAACCAUGUUCCAGAACCCCUGCUCUCCUUCUCCUCUGUCACUUCUAGUCAGCCAGCUGUCUGUCCUAUUGCUCUGUUUGUUAUGCACCCCCCCCCGUAGUAGCCUUGACCUGUAGCCUCUUUCUGCAGACGUUACAUGUAGCUCUGCCAGUCAACUCGUCCUCCCUCUGGAGCCUUCCUCCGUCCUUCCUCCCUCCCUCUGGAGCCUUCCUCCGUCCUUCCUCCCUCUGGAGCCUUCCUCCGUCCUUCCUCCCUCUGGAGCCUUCCUCCCUCUGGAGCCUUCCUCCCUCUGGAGCCUUCCUCCCUCUGGAGCCUUCCUCCCUCUGGAGCCUUCCUCCGUCCUUCCUCCCUCUGGAGCCUUCCUCCCUCUGGAGCCUUCCUCCUUCCUUCCUCCCUCUGGAGCCUUCCUCCGUCCUUCCUCCCUCUGGAGCCUCCCUCCGUCCUUCCUUCCUCCCUCUGGAGCCUUCCUCCGUCCUUCCUCCCUCUGGAGCCUUCCUCCCUCCGUCCUUCCUCCCUCUGGAGCCUUCCUCCCUCUGGAGCCUUCCUCCGUCCUUCCUUCCUCCCUCUGGAGCCUUCCUCCCUCCGUCCUUCCUCCCUCUGGAGCCUUCCUCCCUCUGGAGCCUUCCUCCGUCCUUCCUUCCUCCCUCUGGAGCCUUCCUCCCUCCGUCCUUCCUCCCUCUGGAGCCUUCCUCCCUCCGUCCUUCCUCCCUCUGGAGCCUUCCUCCCUCUGGAGCCUUCCUCCGUCCUUCCUCCCUCUGGAGCCUUCCUCCCUCUGGAGCCUUCCUCCGUCCUUCCUCCCUCUGGAGCCUUCCUCCCUCUGGAGCCUUCCUCCCUCUGGAGCCUUCCUCCGUCCUUCCUCCCUCUGUAGCCUUCCUCCCUCUGGAGCCUUCCUCCCUCUGGAGCCUUCCUCCGUCCUUCCUCCCUCUGGAGCCUCCCUCCGUCCUUCCUUCCUCCCUCUGGAGCCUUCCUCCGUCCUUCCUCCCUCUGGAGCCUUCCUCCCUCCGUCCUUCCUCCCUCUGGAGCCUUCCUCCCUCUGGAGCCUUCCUCCGUCCUUCCUUCCUCCCUCUGGAGCCUUCCUCCCUCCGUCCUUCCUCCCUCUGGAGCCUUCCUCCCUCUGGAGCCUACCUCCGUCCUUCCUUCCUCCCUCUGGAGCCUUCCUCCCUCCGUCCUUCCUCCCUCUGGAGCCUUCCUCCCUCUGGAGCCUUCCUCCUUCCUUCCUCCCUCUGGAGCCUUCCUCCGUCCUUCCUCCCUCUGGAGCCUUCCUCCCUCCGUCCUUCCUCCCUCUGGAGCCUUCCUCCGUCCUUCCUCCCUCUGGAGCCUUCCUCCCUCUGGAGCCUUCCUCCCUCUGGAGCCUUCCUCCCUCUGGAGCCUUCCUCCCUCUGGAGCCUCCCUCCGUCCUUCCUUCCUCCCUCUGGAGCCUUCCUCCGUCCUUCCUCCCUCUGGAGCCUUCCUCCCUCUGGAGCCUUCCUCCGUCCUUCCUCCCUCUGGAGCCUUCCUCCCUCUGGAGCCUUCCUCCGUCCUUCCUUCCUCCCUCUGAAGCCUUUCUCCCUCUGGAGCCUUCCUCCCUCCGUCCUUCCUCCCUCCGUCCUUCCUCCCUGGGGAGCCUUCCUCCCUCCGUCCUUCCUCCCUCCGUCCUUCCUCCCUCCGUCCUUCCUCCCUGGGGAGCCUACCUUUUAGUUGUGAUCUUGGUUUGUGAAGUUAGUAGGCACUGCGUCGGAUUAGUUCCCUUCUCAUUCCCCAGUAAACAUCCCAUCAUGUAAACAUGACACUUUCACCCUCCUGUUGUCUAUUCAUACCUGAUAUUAGCUUGAGAUGAAAUACAGGUUUCUACUUUUUACCGGUGCAGAACUUAAAAAACUACAAUGUUGUACAAACUGAAUGUGCUGGGAUGAAGUGUCAUUGCAAAGUUUUUAAUGACACUGUGUUUAGAAAUUCUGCUUCACUGUACUUUAAGAUACUUAUCAAAGCAAUGUGUUUAGCAUUGCGUAAUCAUUUGUGUGUGUGCGUGUGAGAGAGAGAGAGACAGAAACCGAGAGAGAGAGAAAGAGAGAGAGUGUGUAAUGCAUGUUUGAGAGGGUGUUGAAAGAGUGUUCAUGUGGACAAUAUGUUCUGGUGACGAGUCAGAUCUUAUAACAUACUCAGAAAGGGUUACAACCUUAGCAGGUCUCUAUGGGUUGUACUGUGGACAGGCUCAGUCACACCAGACGUCUAGUCCUUUACUCCAGUAGCUGUUCAGACUGACUUCAUUCUUCUGCGUCUCUCGCGGUGUGUUUGAGUGUGUGUUUUUAAGGUACAUUGAGACGUAUUCAUGAAAAAAUUAAUUUCAGAAACCCAGUUGCAUAUUUUGAUGAAAUAGAAUGUUUUUAAUUAAAUUGACCAACAUUUGUACGCCACAA